CAAAAAAAUAAAAAAAUGUUAAGUAGUAUAAAUAGGUGGGCUCAUUUCUUUCACUUCCUUGGACAGAACCAAUUACGAUAUGAUCAGCGGAUCGGCCGGAGAGUUGGCAAAAGUCAUAAGCCAUGCUUUGAUAUCAAAGUCCAAACAAACUGUUCCAACUCAAACAUGGACGCCAUUGAUGGAGCAAGCUUUGCACCGUCUUGGAUGCCGGGAGUCACUAAGCCCAACACAGGUCGCCCAUGUAAUCGACCCGCAUCUCCUCCAUCACCACUCCCUAGCUUUGGGUUUCUUUGAUUGGUCUUCUCAACAACCAGGAUUUUCUCACGAUUCCUCUUCCUAUCAGUCAAUUCUCAAGGCUCUUUCCCUUUCUCGCAAAUUCAACGCUGUGGAUAGGGUUUUGAAACAGAGCAAAUCCCAGAAGGUCAACCUUCCGCCGUAUGUUUAUCGCGCUGUCAUUGCCUCUCAGAUCACUAGUAAGAACACCCGGACCGCGUUUUCUACUUUCAAAGAGGUUGGUUUACUAAUAUCCGACAUUGGACCUCAAACUUGUAAUUCGCUUCUUGCUGCUACCUCUUCUGAAGGAGAUCUUUUUCGUGCCCGGAACGUGUUCGAUGAAAUGACUCUUAAAGGCGUUCGGUUAAACACGCUUGGGUUUGGUGUGUUUGUGUGGAAAUUUUGUCGCUGUAAUGGAUUAGAAAUGACUUUGAAUUUGCUAGACGAGGUUCGGAGGAUUGGUUUUUCUGGAAUUAACGGGUCUGUUAUUGCAGUUUUAGUUGCUCAUGGGUUGUGUUCUGGGUCUUUCGUCUCAGAGGCUGUUGUGGCUUUGGAUGAGUUGAGGAAAAGAGAUUGUAAACCCGAUUUCAUGGCGUAUAGGAUUGUUGCUGAAGCAUUGCGAGAAAUGGGUAAUGCGGUUGAUGUAGAGUGGGUUUUGAAGAGAAAACGGAAGCUGGGGGUGGCACCAAGAUCCAAUGAUUAUAAAGACUUUAUUCUUACCUUGAUUUCAGAAAGACUAAUAUCUGAAGCAAAAGAGUUGGGUGAAGUAAUCAUGAAAGGGGAUUUCCCAAUGGACAAUGAUCUACUCAAUGCUCUGGUAGGAUCUGUUUCAGCUCUUGACCCUUGUUGCUCCAUGUUAUUCUUCGAUUUCAUGCUUGACAGAGAAGUGAUUCCUACACUUCUUACAUUGAAGAACUUGGGCAGGAACCUUUGCAAGCUUGGUAAAGUUGAAAUGUUGGUUGAAGUUUCUCAGAAGUUAUUUGCCAGAGCAUAUUUCACAGAUAAACGGAGUUAUAGUUUGAUGCUUACACUUUUGUGUGAGGCCGGUAAAGUAAAAGAGGCUUAUGAGAUUCUUGGUGAGAUGAAAAGAAAAGGUUUAGGUCUGGACAUAUCAUCUUACAAUUCUCUUCUAGAAGCUUGCUGCAGAGAAGAUCUACUGCGGCCAGCAAAACGGCUGUGGGAUGAGAUGUUUACAAAUGGCUGCCCUGCCAAUUUAAAGUCCUACAACAUCCUAAUACAGAAAUGUUCAGAAGUUGGUGAAGUUGAAGAGGCUUACAGGCUGUUUGAACACAUGUCUGAGAAAAGGGUAGCACCUGAUGCAACAACUUACAAAUCCCUUCUUAAAGGAAUUUGUCAAGCCAAAGAUAUUGCCCUGGCUCUUCAUGUCUUUGAUAUGUCUGUUGCUCAAAGUACUGCCCUUUCUCGGAAUAUUUUGGGUUCAUUUGUCCUCUAUCUUUGUAGGGAAGGUAAUGUGCUUCAUGCUUUGAAGUUACUUCAUAGUCACAUUGAUGAUAUUGCAUUUCUGGACUCCCAUCUCACAGUACUGAGAUUUUUAAGUGAUGCUGGAGAGACUUCAUUGGCUCUUGAACACUUGAAGUUGAUUCAAGACAAGUCUGCUUUCAUGUUUCAAGCUCUUCACAAUGAGAUUUUAUCUUUGUCAAAACCAGAUCCACUUAUGAAGUUGUUUAAGGCAAUGCGGGAAAACAGUCUUGGUAGUAGAGAUGGAUCCUAGGUUAGAAUGUUGAAUGGGUACCUUAUUGAAGUUCAGUCAUUGAGAACAACAAUGAACAACCUAGCGGAGGCUAAGUGCUAUCAUUGUUGAAGUCCAAGAGUCAUUUGCAGUAGGAAUCUUCAUAUUGGCAGUGUUUUUCAAGAGUAAAGUUUGUGCUACAAACUAGCUAAUUCAGUAGCUGCAGGUGGGAACAGAGAAAGUAUCCAAUUCUUCCAUCUAUAAGGAACUUCAGAAUCCACGGUCACACAGCCACGUAGAUACCCACAUUUCUCCAGAAUUAACUUUGGGAUGUUUUUGUGUUUAGGUGCAUAGAUUUGGGGAUGCUGUUUGGCAACUCUCCAAACUCCCACUGAUUCUGAUACUACUUUAUGAACCGUACCCUCACGUGUAUCGUUGUGCUGUUUUCAUCCUGGGAAUGCAAUCAGUCCAAAUAUAUACAAUGUCCCAAUCAACAUAUAAGUAUAUAAAAGAUGAAAAAGUGGGAGACGAGGUUGAAGCAGGGUCGUCAAUGGUGAAUGGAUGGUUGUGUGCAGGCUGUAGAGUAGGAAACUGAGAGAGGAUGUAAUGAGUGUAAAGGAGAUUUUGGAGUGUCCUGGCUCCAUGGUUUUGUUUAAAA